AGACAAACCUCAAAACCCGCAAAACCCUAAUCCUCCGAUAGCCUCUUCGCACUGCCAAGUCCUCUGUCUUCCGACGAAAACCCUAAUCCUAACCCUAGCCUGUAACCCAUUGCGAGAUGGGGAAGGUGAAGGGCAAGCACCGUUUGGACAAGUUCUACCACCUCGCCAAAGAGCACGGUUACCGUUCUCGAGCCGCAUGGAAGCUCGUUCAGCUCGAUUCAAAGUACAACUUCCUCCGCUCCUCCCGCGCCGUCCUCGACCUCUGCGCUGCACCUGGCGGUUGGAUGCAAGCCGCCGUCGAACGCGUUCCCGUCGGCAGCUUCAUCCUCGGCGUUGAUCUCAAUCCUAUCGCUCCGGUCCGCGGCGCAAUCUCCAUCGAAGAGGACAUCACGAAGCCAGCGUGUAAGGCUAGGGUUAAGAAGCUGAUGAGUGAGUACGGAUGCGCCGCUUUCGAUAUUGUUCUCCAUGACGGUUCUCCGAAUAUAGGAGGCGCGUGGACGCAGGAGGCCACGGCUCAGAAUGCGCUGGUUAUCGAUGCGUUGAGGCUCGCGACUCAGUUCUUGGCUCCUAAAGGUGCAUUUGUUACUAAGGUUUUCAGGUCACAAGACUACAAUUCAGUCCUCUACUGCCUCAAGCAGCUGUUUGAGAAGGUUGAGGUUGAUAAGCCAGCUGCUAGUCGUUCAACUUCUGCAGAAAUUUUUGUUUUGGGCCUUAAGUAUAAGGCUCCUGCAAAGAUUGAUCCGCGCCUUCUUGAUGUGAAGCAUUUAUUUCAGGGCACCAUAGAACCUCGAAAGGUGGUGGAUGUACUUAGGGGAACAAAGCAAAAGAGACACCGUGAUGGGUAUGAGGAUGGGGACACAACUUUGAGGAAAGUUUCUUCAGCUACAAACUUUAUCUGGUCUGAUACUCCUCUUGAGAUCCUUGGUUCAGUUACUUCUAUAAGCUUUGAUGAUCCUGCUUCUCUGCCUAUAAAGGAUCAUGCUUUAACAACAGAAGAGGUUAAAACUCUUUGUGAUGAUCUGCGUGUUUUGGGAAAGCAAGACUUCAAGCAUCUUUUGAAGUGGCGGAUGCAUGUAAGGAAGGCUUUAUCCCCUGUACAAAAGGCUACUUCUACUGCUGCAGAGGAUGACCAUGAGAAAGUUGUUGAUGAAGAUGAGAGAAUGCUUAAUGAAAUGGAGGAGUUGACUUAUGCUAUGGAGCGCAAAAAGAAAAGAACAAAGAAACUUCUUGCAAAAAGACAAGCAAAGGAUAAGGCUCGGAAGGCAACAGGAAUGCAAGUAGAUGCGCUGGAAGAGGGUUAUACUGACCAUGAAUUAUUCUCUCUUUCUUCAAUCAAGGCGAAGAAAGAUCUUCUUGCUGUUAAUUCCACUGAGUAUGAUGAGGGUGAUGGUGUGGUAGAUAGUGAAGAUGAAAGAACCCGUGAGGAAACCCAGGAGCAUUCCGCCAGUGAUAUGGAUUCUGAUGAAGAACGGAGACGAUAUGAUGAGCAAAUGGAAGAGAUGCUUGAUCAAGUAUACGAACAGUUUGUGGCCAGAAGGGAGGGAAGUACAAAGCAGCGUAAGCGUGCAAGAAAAAAGCAUUCUGAGGAUGAACUUUUGGAGGAUGGUGAUGGUGAUAUAAUUCAUUCUGAUCAUGAUUCCGAUAACGACAAUCAGGCUGAUCUUGAAGCAAAUCCUCUCAUGGUCCCACUCCAUGGAGAGGAAAUGCCGACUCAAAGGGAGAUUACAGAUCAGUGGUUUAGCCAGGACAUCUUUGCUGAAGCAGCAGAGGAGGGAGAUUUGGGGAAGCACGAGAGUGAAGAUGAAAUGGAGGUGGACAGACAGGAGAAAACACUCUCCAUCCCAAAGAAGGCCAAGGAAAAUAAAGCACGCAAACCUUCAGAGAUCAAUCCCCCUCAAAUCGAAGCUUCCAAGGCAGAAGAAGGUUUUGAGAUUGUCCCUGCUCCAAGUACAGAUUCGAGUGAUGACUCAUCCUCGGACGAAUCGGAUGAUGAAGAUAUUCAUGCAAAAGCUGAGAUAUUGGCUUGUGCAAAGAAGAUGCUAAGGAAAAAGGAGAGGGAGAGGAUACUUGAUGAUGCUUAUAAUAAGUACAUGUUUCAUGACAAAGGCUUGCCUCAAUGGUUUGCGGAUGAGGAAGCCAGACACUGCCAGACUAUUAAGCCUGUGACCAAAGAGGAGAUAGCUGCAAUGAGAGCACAAUUUAAAGAAAUUGAUGCCCGGCCUGCGAAGAAGGUAGCAGAGGCCAAAGCCCGAAAGAAAAGGGCAGCAAUGAGGAAGCUAGAGAAGGUUAGGAAGAAGGCAAACACUAUUUCAGACCAGACUGACAUCUCUGAUCGUUCAAAGGGGAGGCUGAUUGAACAACUUUAUAAGAAGGCAGCGCCUAAAAGGCCUCAAAAGGAAUAUGUGGUUGCAAAGAAAGGGGUUCAAGUCAGGGCUGGGAAGGGUAAAGUCCUUGUUGAUCGGCGCAUGAAGAAGGAUGCCAGGUCAAGAGGAAUGAGCAAGCAAGGGAAAGGCCCUUCAAAGAAGGGUGGUUUCAGGAAGGGAAAGAACGCAAAUGGUCAAAAGGGUAAUAAAGGGUCUGCAAAGGCUUCAGCUAAGAGCGGAAAGGGGGGAAGGAAAGGAAAUAGGAUGAACAUGCACGACUGACCUGCUGAUAGCCUGUUAGUCAUGAAAUAACUAAGUUAUCGCUUCCCUUUUUAUCUUCCCUUCCAAAAAGGGUUUUUGGCCUUUUUUUUUUUUUUAAAUUAUUUUCCUUUAUGCUUUUUGUUUUUAAUUUCUAAAGUUAACAAGAAAGAUUUAUGGCGGAAGUGUUGGGCUUCUGAGUGCAGGGUUCAUGCAUACUUUCUCAUGUUCCCCUGUUGUUGUGUGGUUUUUUGUGGUAGAGGAUGAACCAAACCAAGCAGAUGAGGAAAUUUAUUUAUUUAUUUUCCCUUCGCCUA